AUCGUGGAGCGCCCCUGAACGUCCGGGCCCACCGGGGCUCCGUUCCAUACAGAUGCAGCUAUACUCCGUACGGAGUGUGUACUACUCCUUUUGCGAGGACCAGUUAUGAAUAUUACCUGAAUAAUUCGAGCACGUUGCCAGAUCUCCAUGGUACCCAUACCGUCUUCUCCAUACCCUUCUCCUACUACGGAGUACUACAGUACUCGCAGUCUACGACUAUCGUCCUUCUCUAUCGUGAGUUCUUAUUAUAACUCCCGCCCUAGCCCGAUAUUUUGGAUCCUCCCCUCCUCCCCUACUCUCGCUCUCUCCCCCAGAAACCUCCACAAUCAUUCUACUUUCUCGACCUUUUCCUCAAUCUUUCAUUAAAAGACCCUAUCAAUUCUCUUCUACGGGCACCUCUCAAACAUUCACUCAAACCCACCUCUAACCCUCGCCGUCGCGCCUCGAAAAGGGUUCAAAACAGCCUCAACCUACCAUGAAACCACACCAAUUAUUGGUGCUUCAGCCUGUUCGCACAUAAAUUGGGGUCUCCAAAUCAAGUUCCUACCCCGUCCACAAAAAGAAAAAGAGGACGUCCUGAUCCAGACUCCCCCAAUUGUCUCCCCCUCCCCAUUUCCCCCCCCCCCCCCUCUCGUAUCUGCCGUGAUUCAGAUAAGACCUCCAAAGCGAACCCGAGACAAUUGGAACCCUCGGACACAUCAUGUCGACCUUCUCGCGUGUCCCUGGCCAUUGGGACGACGACCAGUCCGGCCACAGUGAUCCCCCGUCUACCCGCUCUUCCAACGAUCCUCCAGAGCAUGCCGCUCAUAUUCGCUCGCGAUCUACAGCUCUCGCUCAGAGUCCUAAACGUUUGUCCGUCUUUAGUGGCCGCUCUAGAAGUAACACUACCACGUCGACCUCGUCGCGCCGCUCCCCGGGCUCGUCCAUGACUUCAAUUGAUAGCUCCGUUCCGUCUCAGGACGAGCGGGCACCCUCUGCGCUGGCUAUGCGAUCUGAUAAAUCAGAGCGCUCGUCGAGGUCCUUUUUGGCACGUGGGAGCCGUAUGUUGCGCCGACAGGGGAGUAAGAUCAACCUCGUUGCCACGCUGGACGAGGAGGACGAAUUGGAGAGGAUGCCCCGUCAUCGGACUCGACAGGCUGAUCAACACGAUCGAUUAAAGAGCAUCAUUUCGGAUCCAUUCGAUUUCCACCAUCUCACCCACACCAGUCCUUCGCAAUUUCAAUCUUUAGAUCAAACGCGCGAGAACGACCUCGUUACCGAGUUUUCGGUCAUUCGCGCCUCACAGCGCCCUGAGGCUGGCCUCAAGGGUAUCCGUGCUGAUGACAUUCAUUUCCGCAACUUUUCCGUCGACAACCUCGCUGCCUUUGGAACGGCGACCACCGUUGAUGAGCCCGCGUCCCAGAGCCCACCCGACUCACCUGCGGCAUCGGGAUCGACUAGCCCAACCCAUGGCCACGUGCGCCGAGAAUCUCGCACUCACGAGAACUUCUCUCGUCCGGUCCCGAGGUAUCCCCGGUCUUGUCCGACAACGCCGCCUCCCCCGGCGGUGCCAGAGAUCCCCAACGAUGAGGGUAUCGAGCCGGCUCCUAGGGCCAUCGACGAGAUCCUAGGUUUGAACAUCCCGCCCACAUAUCCCGAGUAUAUUGACUCGGAGCGGUCUUCAUCCUCACAUCGUCAAUUCGGCUCCGAUUUCGUCGAGGAUAUGAAGGCCCGCACGUCUUCCGUGAGCAGCCACUACAGUCUGGAAGAGGUCCCCGAGGAAGACGAGGGAACCAGACUGUGGGACAGCCCAGACGCCAGCAUUGGUACCGUGCACUCCCGUUCUACCUCACACGUGAGUCCCGGUACGGUCGAACCUCACCGGGCGUCUCGCACGAUAGCUCCCAAGGCUCCGCUCUCCAUCUUCGUGGCUGAAGAGCUAUCGCGCAAGUUCUCGGAAGCUCUUGGCUCGCCGACCUUGCCCCAGACCCUGCCUAGCACCCCGCCAAAGGAAGACUCGGAGACCGCUCAGCUGGAGAUCACACCUCCCUCGACCUCUGGCGUUCGACAAUUCUCCUACGACGAGGAGAUGUAUGACUCUUGGGAUGCCGAUAUCGACUACUGCUACGAGCACGCCGCAGAGUCGACCUCAAACUUUGACUGGACGCGCACCUCUCUCGACGAAAACCGGCCUCAGAUCGGACUCGCUUGCACAGACGAGUCCUGCGGUCUCUCCGUUCCCCAAAGACCAACCCGGCACCUCCAACCUAGCCCAUUGAGCACAUCCACCCUGGCAACGCCAGACCUGGACUCUUCCCCCGCACGUUCACCCCAACCGCACUCCGCCGCAACACCUUCCACCGAGUACGAGCGCGCCUUCAUCCGCGGACCCACAGACUAUUUCCACCCCGUCUCCUCCUCGAUCCUCUCAAAGCAACUAAACCAAGACAUUCUCUACGAGGACUACCUCUCCGGCGCCGACGCCGACGCCGACGCCUCUUCAGACCGCCACUUCCCCUUCGCCGCAAGCGGUAUCCCAAACGCAUCCCCGCGCUCAAGCUUCUCCCCAAUCAGCAAAUGCAACUCCCAAGAGAGUCUCAUGCUCUCCCGCGCAGCGAGCAUCGUCCGCAAACACCGUUCCUCCGUCUCAACAGCCUCCGUCCCAGAACUGGUCCACUCCCUCUCCAGCUCUCGCGAAAUCAUGCCAACGGACCGUCUCAGCGCUGCCGAGAUCCUGGCCCGUCCGGCCUCGAGCUCCCUGCAUCGUCAGACGAAGAGUAUGGCCGAGGCGCAUAUGCUGAUGCACGCUGAUAGCAGCGCGAGUCUUGCGAGUGCUGAGACGACUCCACCCGCCUUGUAUGAUCAGUGGAAGAGUACCUCUGAGAUUGGCGUUGAGAGUGAUGUCGUGGGUGUACCCGUCCCCGUUGCUAUGGCUGCUCUGCCGGCCGUGCCAGUGAAGAAUCCCAAUCGAAAGAAGAGUCGGAAUACUUCCUACUCUCUUUUCCCGACGCCGGCGAAUUGAUUUCGUCCAAGCCUAUUUUGCUCUCAUCCUCUCUCUUAUCUCUUGAUUUUGAUUUUGGUGCUACUUGGAAGACAAAAUUCGUGGUUGCGUAAACUGCCCAUUUGUCCUUCGUUUUUCGUUUUCAGUUUUCUGCCUUACACUCUGUCCGUGAUAGAUCUCCAUGAGUCCAUGACCUCCCUGCUACCUGCUAUAUUUCCUUGUCUCGCCUCGUCUUGUCUUGAUUGUUUAACUGGUCCCGUCGUUUACGCCAGUGUUUUUCUCCUUUUUUUUGUCUCUUUCCGCAAGGACAUGUUCCAUACGCGCUCUCGUUCUUCUCAUUUUCUUUGCCCUUGUCUUUGCGUCUGCUUUUGGUCUCUCUGUUCCAUCGUCUCAUCGUUACUCAUUUCUUUGCCUCUUGUCUUGUCUUGUUCGAUGCAUUUCUCAGCGAUAUCGGUAUCGGUCCUGUUUCUGGUGUCUGGAGGGGGAAACAAAAAGCCGGGGGAAAAAGCAUUUGGAAAAAGACGAUUCUUUCUGUUUCUUUCUGGUUUGGUAUGCUAUGAUAUGACUUGGGUGGAUCUGAUUGUUUGGAUGAAUUAGGCCCUAUUUCCAUUCUGGCUGGAUUACCUGAUUCUGGUGGUUGGAUGGUUCUGGUUCUGGUUUUGGGUGCUGGUUGGGAUCAUUCGUUAUGCCUGGCCUGGCCCUGCCUGGCUCUUGUCUUUCGCUUUUCUGUUUGAUGUCAACAGCUCUUUGAGUAUUUAUAGAGUGGUGGUAUGGUGGAUGCUAUACUACAAUGUGUGCCUUUGAAUGGCGCUUUGAUUCAAACU